AUUGGAAAAUAAAGCCAGCCCUAGAGGCUUUUUACCAAUUGUGGUCUCGUACUGAAGAAAAUUUUUGCUUUGGAAUCCAAGAACACUUUUGAGAAAACAGAACUGUGGUAUAUUGAACUGCAGUUCUGGAAAUCACUCACAUGUCACCAGAGUUUGAAUCCCUGGGCAGGUCAGCCCACAACAUACUGGCUUACAUGAGCGCUGAAGAUCAUGAUGAGCUGGACAGCUGGGACAAGUGUGACAAGACAGUGUCAAAGGUCUCUCAGAGUGUACACCAUGCUCUGUCUCAUGAAUAAACCUCAAGAAAAGAAAUCUAAUCAUCCAUACCAACCCAUUGGAAGACACAAAAUGCAAUCACUAGGAAUGAAUGUGCAUGGUCUUCAGAGACUCAGUAUUAGGACUCAGAUGAAGCCAUACUCAUUCACCUCCAGAAGACAGUGUGCUUGGAACUCACCUGGCUAUAGAGAUUUGUGAAAACACCUACCAACACACAUUGAGGACUGAUCUCUGAAUUGAUUAUAGUAUUCCUGCUACGGCAAGCACUGGUGAGAUCUCGACGUGUUCCUUAGAAAAAUGGACUCUGGCAUCACACAAGCCUUCCAGAAAGAACUUACUUGCCUCAUCUGCCAGAACUUCCUCUCAGACCCAGUUGCCAUUGGCUGUGGGCACAGCUUUUGUAGAUCCUGCCUCUGCAUUUUCUGGGAGGAAGCCCAAACUGUUCCCUGUUGCCCCUUGUGCAGGGAACCAACACGGCAGAAAGAGUUCAAAACCGAUAUUCGAAUGAAGAAUCUGGUGUCCAUUGCCAGGAAAGCCAGUCUCUGGCAAUUCCUAAGCUCUGAGGAACAUCUGUGUGGGACCCACCAUGAGACCAAGAAGGUGUUCUGUGAAGAGGACAAGAGCCUGCUGUGUCUGCUCUGCUCUAAGUCUCAUGAGCACAAGGCUCACAGACACCGUCCCAUUGACAAAGCAGCUGAGGAAUACCGGGAGAAGCUCUUCAAGCAAAUGCGUUCUUUAUGGGAAAAGAUCCAAGAAAACCAGAGAAAUAUACACAAGGAGAGCCGGAUAACCAACUGCUGGGUGUUUUAUGUGUAUCUGCGGGAGGAGAUGAUCAGGGCUGAGUACAGGAAGCUGCACCCAUUCCUUGAUGAGGAAGAGCAACGUCACAUGGAGCAUCUUAGAAAUGAAGGCAUAAACAUUUUGUACCAACUGAAGACAAGUGAAGUCAAAAUGGUUCAAAAGAAGAAAAGCCUAAGAGAAAUGUAUGAGGAGCUGGUGAUAAUGUGCCAUAAGACAGAUGUGGAACUGCUUCAGGAUUUGGGAGACAUUCUAAAAAGGAGUGAGUUUGUGCAACUGCAUAUGCCUUGGAUGGUGAAUCCAGAACUCAGUGCUCAACCCAUCACUGGACUGAGGGACAGGUUCAACUACUUUCGAGUGGAGGUUUCCUUCAGUAAUGAAAUAACCAGUUACAAUAUCAUGCUGUGUGAUGAUAUGAAAAGAUUGUUGCUGAGACAUGACCAUCAAGGUGAAUCUAGGAAUUCUGACAGGCCCCACUAUUUUGCCACAUGGGGUACCCAGAGAUUCAGUUCUGGGAAACAUUACUGGGAGCUGGACGUGGACGACUCUUGGGACUGGGCUCUAGGGGUCUGUAAGGAUUCCUGGAAUAGCAACGCUGGCACCAUGAUUGAAUCCAAUGACACCUUUCUCUUUUUAUGUGUGAGGGAGAAUAAUCAUUACAGUCUCCUGACCACCUCCCCAGCUAUUUGUCACUAUAUAGAGAAACCCUUGGGCCGGGUUGGUGUGUUUCUUGAUUUUGAGGAUGGAAAUGUGAGUUUUCUGAAUGUUGCCAAGAAUUCCCUCAUGUGGCGGUCCCCCACUGGGUCCUUGAAUUUCCCAGUAAGGCCUUUCUUUUACACGGGCCACACAUGA